UCAUUCAAUCCACUCACGCGGAGAAACUAGAGAAUAACUUCGCUUUAUAAAUCCUCGUGUUCGAGUCACGCCAGAAAUUCAGUAUAAGGAAAAGGUUCUCCUGUUCUUGAAAAAGAUAAUUGUAUGAAUCAAAAGAAUCCAAAACCAACUCUGGGAGGACAGCGGAUCAAGACCCGCAAGAGAGACGAAAAAGAAAAAUACGAUCCCUUAGGAUUUCGUGAUUCUGUAAUUACUGGCUUAGAGAAAACUGGUAGUGAUUUUGAAAAUGUAUCAGCCUUCCUAGACAAUCCAGGUAACAAACUGAAUUAUCAUGCCUAUGGUGAACAGUUGUUUGAAAUCCUCUUUGCUGGUGGAUUAUUAGCCCCUGGAGGUAGCAUUAUUUUGGAAGGUGAGAAGCCCAAAACGUCAAUAUGCAUUUUCGAAGCCAACGAAGACACUGAAACACUCAGAUCCUAUGUUCAGAUGUUUCAGAAGCUUAUUCGAAGGUUCAAAUACCUUCAGAAAUCGUUUGACGAUGUCUUGGAUAAGAUAAUCGUUUUCAUGAAAGGCUUCACCGAGGAGCAGCGUAUGAAACUUGCAACGGUUUACGCUAUGAUUCUUGGAUAUAGUAUGACGCAAGGAGCCUUCUUAGCAAAACUUAAGAAUGAGCAUUUGGUUAAAGAAGGUCUUUCUCUUCAAUUUAUGACAAGAUUGUUUCAAGUCUGGUUUAAAGAGAAGAAAGACUCCUCUGGUAUUAUUGCGAAUACCUUGAAAAAGAAUGAAAUGGAUGAUAAAUUAUUGGAAUUUUUCCCUCCCAAUAAGCGGACAAAUGAGCAAUUUGAGAAACACUUUGUUGCAGCUGGACUGCCGAAGCUCGUUGAAAUUCAGAAAAAUCAGCAACACGUCGGAUCGAAGAAAGAGUACCAGUCUCAAUUGUCUGAGAUGAUCGACGCUAAAGUUCCCUUAAAAGAAAUCAUAGCCAACUGCAAUGAACAGAAAGAAAAGAAUAACUUGACAGAAGAACAAGUAAUAGUUCUGACAUGGAGGGCAAUAAUGUCUUCUGUUGAAUGGAACAAAAAAGAAGAUUUGGUAGCAGAUCAAGCCCUUAGACAUUUGAAGGUAUAUUCUCCAUUACUCGCGGAAUUUGCUUCAAACGCCGCAUCAGAGUUAUCGUUGAUGAACAAAAUUCAGGAUUAUUGUUAUGAUAAUAUGAAUUUUAUGAAAGUAUUUCAGAAGAUAAUUCUUCUCAUGUACAAGACCGAUGUCCUGAGUGAAGACACAGUAUUAAAGUGGUACAAGACAGGCCAUGGUUUCAAAGGCAAAAGUGUUUUCUUGGAACAGAUGAAAAAGAUGGUCGAAUGGCUUCAAAGUGCCGAGGAAGAAACGGACUCGGAAGAAGACGACUGAGAGUCGGAAGUUAAAUAUUAAUUUUUGUAUAGAAUACACAAAAACACAAUAAAAAUUUUA